AUAUUGAGAAUCUUGGAAAAUGAGUGCUAUUUUCCGAUUAUCUACUAGUAGGUUUCUUUGUAAAGCCUGCAGAAGGAAUAUUCGGCUUCCGAUGUCCAGCGUGGUAACAAAGACUUCGCAUGGUUCUCGGGCGUUUGCAACAGAUUCUGAGGUAAGCGCAUCUUUUGCGCUCAGUUGCUGUACCUAAGAGAGCUACACUUAAUGUUUUUUGUAAAAAGCAUUUCAAUUUUAUUUUUGGAAAUUUCAAGGACAUCGCAAUGGAAAUUCUCACUUUAUCAGCAUUCAAGCGGCGGAGGGGGGGGGGGGGGGAGAGGGGGGAGGAUUUGGAAGGGGACUGUCGGGGGUAUGGCAGUUAAUACAACUGUCCCAUGGCAGUUUACCCAUGAAAUAUUGUCUGGAUGUACUCAGAAGUUGCUCUGUGAGGUUCAUAUUCUACACUUUGCAUACUUUUUGUUCUAAAAAAGAUUGCUAAGUGAAUGGAUUUUGUCUUAGACAGGGUCAUAUUUUAAAUAUCUAAGUGCAACACCUGCCUACCCCAAGUUCCAUUAAUACCCCCCCCCCAUUCCUUAAGCUAAAGGGGAGGGUGGGGGGGGGGAAAACUGGGAAAGGUUAGAGAGAGGAAAGAAGCAUGUGGCAAUGCAUAUUAAGUAGUUGCAUACUUCUUUUGUAGACUUUUUUUUGUUUGAAGCAGCACUUAUCUUAUCCUAACUGCUUUUUUUUUCAGGAGAAUUUGAGAAAAACGCCUUUGUACGAUUUCCAUUUGGAGCUUGGUGGAAAGAUGGUCCCUUUCUGUGGUUGGUCAAUGCCAGUGCAAUAUAAAGAUGGUGUACUACCUUCACAUUUACACACUCGGCAGCAUGCCUCUCUGUUUGAUGUAUCCCACAUGUUGCAAUUUAAAGUGCAUGGAAGUGACAGAAUUAAGUUUUUGGAAAGCCUGGUAGUUGCAGAUAUUGCAGGACUUGCAGAUUACACAGGGACUCUUUCUCUGUUUACCACAGAAGAUGGUGGGAUUAUUGAUGACUUGAUCAUAAACAAAACACCUGAACAUUUGUAUGUAGUGUCCAAUGCAGGGUGUGCAGAUAAAGUUUAAAGCAUUUCAGGGAUGGCAUCUUCAGGUAAACUAUGGUAACUAGUAUCUUUACUGAAUCAAAAUCAAGAAUAAAGGAAAUGAUCACCAACUAAAGAAGCUCUUGGUUGGUAAACAAAUUCUCCUUGUCAGCACCUUAGGAAAUGUAUAGAGAACAGUAUGGAGAAUGUGCACCAAGAGCAAAAUGUUAAAAUUUCAUUUAGGGGAUUAUAAGUUGAUCCACAGGGAUCAAAUUCUUACUUAGCUAAAAAUUAACUAACAUCACAAGAACUAGGGGUAAAAUGCCUACCAUUGCCUUUAACCCUUAAACUCCUAAGACCUAAUUGUUAAGACAGUAAGGAGAAUUACUAAUAAGAUCUUGGGUGUUAAAGGGUUUAAGAGAUCCUUUUAGGAUUUAACCUUAAACUCAUCUGACCAAGACAUAAUUUCUCUUUACAUAAUCAAUACAAUAUCAAGAAGACAAGUGAUGAGAGUAGAGAAAAAUUAAAAUUUAGGGGAUUAUAAGUUGAUCCACUACCAAAUUCUCCAAACUAACAUCACAAGAACUGUAUGGCAGACAGUAAGGAGAAUUACUAAUAAGAUCUUGGGAGUCAAAGGGUUAAGGGUUAGGACCUGUGACCACCAUCUGUUUAGCUUGUAAGUAAGCUCUUGUGUUUGGGAUAUGCAUUACAGCACACCUGCUUACUACACCAUCAGCAACUGCUUAUAGAAAAAAAAAUACAGAAAAAACAAUCCCUGGUUUACCUGAAGGUCUUUAUGUCAUUCUUUGCCUGAGUGAAGACAUAUUGAACUUGGACACUUUGUUAAUUGUGGAGGCAUGGUGGCCUCAUGGCUGGUGCACUCAACUCUGGAUUGAGUGGUCCAGGUUUGAGCCCUGGCUGGGGUCAUUGUGUUGUGUUCUUAGGCAAGACACUUUACUCUCACAGUGCUUCUCUUCACCCAGGUGUACAAAUGGGUAACAGCAAAUAUGCUGGGGGUAACCCUGCAAUGGACAAGUAUCCCAUCCAGGGGGGAGUAGCAAUACUCCUAGCCACUUCAUGCUAAGGAAACCAGAGUUAAGCACCGGCCCCAUGAGCCACUUGGGCCUGUAUAAAGGCUUUUUACUUUGUUAAUUAGGUGCUUGCUUGAUUGAUGAAUUAAUUACUGAAAGACUAUAAUCCUCUCUCAAGUUACACUACCAGGGCAUUGUACACCUUAAGUAUGUAGUUACUAAUCAGUCUAGCGUACCAUUCUUUUGAACAGGAUAGACUGAAGGCAGUGAGCAAUGAUUUGGAUGUUGCGCUUGAAAUUCUUGAGGACAAAGCACUUGUUGCGUUACAAGGUACUUAGAGACAUUUGUAUGCAGUUUAAAAUGGCAAUUUAUUUAUGUGAACAUCGACAAAAACACACCGAUACGUUUUACUGAGUGUUCCCUUUCGUCUUGAAAAAGGAAACAAAAUAUUUCUAUGAAUAGUAGCGUUUUCGGUUUGCCCUCAGCUAUCCACACAGCUGUGUUUUCAUUAAAAAUCGCAGAUCAGUCUCAGUCUCUGAGCAACUACGUACGUUAACCCUUGUUUGUUAUCGGUUGACUGUUGUUGGCUUAUGGAAGGGGUAGGUGCGCAGUUGGUCAAAUACUCACAUUGAUCCAAAAUCACAUACAUGUUUAUGCGUUUUCGUCUAUCGUCCAUACUAGAAUACCCGAAAACGCAGAUGGAAGUGACAGUACGUAAAGCAUUUUUCGUCAUCGUCUCCAAGAGUGUACAUUUUCACUUUUCCACACAAGAAACGGAGCGUUUUAAGAGCGAUACGUUUUCAAAACACUCCUCUUUUGAAAUCUUUUUCUAUUAAAAAGAUUCCUUUUUUAUCAACAGUUGUAAGCGUUUAACAAUAAAUUAUGGGCAAAAUAUGUAGGAGAAAUAAGCGUUUUCCGACGAAAUCGCAAUAGCGUGGAUGGGGUCUCAUAUUUCAGUUUGAGAUGGUCAAAAAAGUGGUUGUCAUCAAAUUACGAGAGUCAAUGUAAAUAUUCUAUAUAUUAAUCAAGUGUGGAUGUACAUAUAUUUCAGGACCUCAAGCUGCCAAAGUUCUUCAAAGUGGUGUGCAAAGUGAUCUUAGUAACAUGUUUUUCAUGCACGGUGGCGUAGUGGAAGCGUUUGGGAUCAAAGAUGUACAAGUUACGCGUUGUGGCUACACGGGAGAGGAUGGGUUUGAGGUAACGCGACUCCUGUCCCAAUUAUAAACCCGUUCCUAACAAUCUCGUCUUCCGUUUAUCGCCUGCCUGCUCCCUCACUUGUCACCGAUGACGGAGUGCCUGAAACAGGUUACUUUUUUGCGUAUCUUCGAUCUAUCCUGCAUAAAACGGACAAAGCUAUAGUCAUCACAAGUAGAAUAAUACAGUUAUUAAUUUUGAAUGACUUUUUUCGCUAUGCGCAGCUGUCAGUGGACAAGGAGAGAGCUGUUGAUUUGACGAAAGCAUUAUUAGAAAGCAGAGAGGCAGAUGUUAAGCCAGCAGGCCUGGGGCCGAGGGACAGUCUGAGACUAGAAGCUGGGCUUUGUCUCUAUGGAAACGAUAUUGAUGAAAACACCACGCCUGUUGAAGCUGUUCUUGUGUGGACAAUUGGUAAGUUGGUUUUAUUUGAAAAAGAGUUCUGAGCCCAAGAUCUGGCCGGGUAAUUGUGUCAUUUCUUUAUCCUUGUUGCGCAUAAUUUCAUACGCAACUAGCGCGUUCACAUCCUAAAGAGUGGCGACUUUUACUCUUUGAUUGAUCUUCGCCAAAUAGGUAAAUCCCAAUUACCCAAUCGGAAAGCGCUCAUAUAUGCUGUUGAUAAAGUUGUAGCGACACGGGCUACGUGUACACGCCAAAUAUAAUAUCUGACAGCAUUAAGAUAUAUUCCUUGAUGGUGUGAAAGAGGCUACAUGUGAAUAUCAUGCUUUUAAAUUUUUCAAGGGAAAAGACGACGUGCCCAAGCAGACUUUCCAGGGGCAGAAAUAAUCCUCAGACAGAUUAAAGAGAAGGCCAAGAGGAAGAGAGUAGGGCUUGUGUCGAAAGGCCCUCCUGCGAGAGGUAAAUUUUAGUUAGAAAAUUUUGCGUCUCUUCUUUCUGAAUGAUACGAAAUUUUGGAUGUAAUUUCUAAAUACUGGGAAGUACGAAAGAAAUAUGUCGUUUUGUCUUGUCACGAGCGUGAAAUAAAGGAGGAGAUCUGAGUCCCCAUGAAGAAUCGAACCUCAGACUUUCAUACUUUCGGAUUCUACGCUUUGAUGCAAUGACCCAGAGUGUAGAGAAUUCUUUGGUGACUCGGGUCCUUGCUUCUCUCGCAUCCUUCUGGAAUCAGCAAUGUUGGAAAGCUUAAGUAGAAUAACAAAGAUGGUAAAUUUUUAGCUUUGUCUUGAAGUAAGGAAAAACUGUUAUUCGUCUUGUAACGAGCGUAAAAGCCAAACCAGAUAUUAAUUUUUUGUUUCUUUUUUUUUUUUCAGCUGGGGCAAAUAUUUUAGAUGCUGAUGGUAACAAAGUAGGUAGGUGACAUAUGCAAAACUGCUUCUGUUUGAAUCCAGUUUAUAAACACACGAUAUUACCAUCGUUUCUUUCGCGUAAAAACGUUAUAUCGAUUUUGGUAGUCCGGUUGGGUAAAUCUUAACCCUUUACACCCUGACAUCAGUAUCUAUAUUCUCCAUACACUUCUCUAUACUUGUCGUUUGGUAUUGACAAGGAGAAUUCAUGUAAUAAUCAAAGGUUCUUGGGUUAGCGAUCAUUUUCUUUAUUCUCAUGAUCUUAAUGAAUGAUCCAGCAGCAUUACUGAAAGGAGAAAUUAGAUGCUGGUCACUCUUAAGGGCCAAGGGGUUAAGGAGAUUAAAAUAGAUCGCGUCAAGAUCAGGUUUUGAAUUUCAGGAAGAAGGAGGAGGAAAGGGAUGGAGGGGGGAGGGGAGGGAGGGGAGAGAAACGAGAAAGAUGCAAAUUGUAAACAAUGUCAGUUCCUUUCAGGCCCUUAACUCGCUGUAUACUCGAUAAAAAUCACCGAACCGAUCGUCGAGAUCUAUUCCAUUAACCACACUGUAUUCUCUAUAUCUUUCCUCUUUUUAAAGCAUCCUUCCGCCAUAAAAGUUAUAGGUGAUGAUGUAGUCGAGGAAAUCAGAUCUCCCUUCAUAUUUUUGAGCUACCAUUAUUAUUAAUAUUAAAAAGUGGCACACAUGUUAGAAUCCUAGGCUUGAUCACGUUGUUAUAGGUUUUUUUGCUCGCUUUGAUGAAAUUGUUGUUGUUCCCGUUGUUAUUUUUAUUUUUAUCAUCAACCAAUCAGAACCAAAUUCUUUGUGUUGCACUUGAAUAUUCCUUUUUUUUAAAUUAUUACUUUUUAGGUCACGUGACAAGCGGUUGUCCAUCACCGUGCCUGAAGCAGAACAUUGCAAUGGCUUACGUACCAACAGCGUUAUCCAAACCAGGAACAGCAUUACAUUUAGAAGUGUACAAGAAGAGGAUUGACGCUCAAGUUGUAAAGAUGCCUUUUUUGCCAACAAACUACUACUUUGGGAAAUGAAUAUGAAGAUGAAUGAUUUUAGAAUUAAGGCCUGAAACGAAAUGAG